AACCUUCUGAGGCUUGUGCAUCAUACUUGAGUCUCCUGAACCCCACCUAGAACUGUGGUGCGUUCCCAUCCACCACAAUGAGCAACAGAUUCCUGGGCACAUGGAAACUGGUCUCCAGUGAGCACUUUGAUGAUUACAUGAAAGCUCUGGGGGUGGGGUUAGCCACCAGAAAAUUGGGAAAUUUGGCCAAACCCAGCAUGAUCAUCAGCAAGAAAGGGGAUAUUAUAACUAUAAGAACUGAAAGUACCUUUAAAAAUACAGAGAUCUCCUUCAAAUUAGGUCAGGAAUUUGAAGAAACUACAGCAGAUAACAGGAAAACAAAGAGCAUUGUCACCUUGGAGAGAGGUUCAUUGAAUCAAGUACAGAAAUGGGAUGGCAAAGAGACGACAAUAAAGAGAAAGUUGAUGGAUGGGAAAAUGAUAGUGGAAUGUAAGAUGAAGGGUGUGGUCUGCACCAGAAUCUAUGAGAAGGUCUGAGAAAACAGUCUUCUCAUUGAGGUGGUAUUUGACCAUUCAAUUUGGAAAUCAACUGCUUAUACUGGCAAGACCUGACUACACUGCAAUUUGUUUUUGCUUUUGUCUUAAUAUGUCAGUUAGGAAAAGACCUAAACUGAGGAAUAAUCUAAAAUUUAGUGUUAUUUAAAAUUUUUCAACUUGCAUGCAUGUAUUUACAAUAUUAAAGGAUGUAUAUUUACUAGACCUAAGUAGCUAAUAAUGUCACUUAAUUAUCUAAGAAAUCCUAAUCCAUGUUGUACUUUGUAUAUUUGAAAUGAUAGUAAAAGUCUGGUGAUAGAAUUGAUCAAGGGUAGCAAAUUCAAAUGCCUUCAGAAGCCACAUGAGUAAUGAGAGAGUAUAAUCAGAGGUAAGGCAAUCUAGGAGAGCUGUUAUAAAUUGAGGAGUUCUAGUCUUGUCUAAGAGGGGCAGCCUUUACUGUACUCCAGCCAAUUCUUUAAAAUUGAGGAGUAAGUUAUAGACAGUGAAAUGCACUGAUAUUAAAGGUAGAGUUCAAUCCUUUUUGAUAAAUGCAUGUAUGGAUAGAACUCUUACUCCUAUCAAGAUACAGAACAAGUCUUUAAUCCCAGAAAGUUUCUUCAUGCCCCUUCCCAAUCAACGCCCUCCUACCACCCCCCCCUCACCAAAAGCAACUAGUGAUUAGGUUUCUAUCAGCAUAGAUUAGUUUCGCCUGUCUCCAAACUUAAUAUAAAUGUAAUUAUACAUUAUGCAUUUUUUUCUGCUUGCCUUUUUAAAAUUCAGCAUAAUAUGUUUGAGAUUCAUCCAUAUGAUUGCAUGAAGCAGUAGUUUGCUCCUUUUUAUUGCUCAGUAGUAUUCCAUUGUAUGAAUAUAUCACAGUAUCAAUUUUCCUGUUAAGACAAUUGGGUUGUUUCCAGUUUGGGGCUACUAUGAAUAAAGCUGUUGUGGAUAUUCUUGUAUAAGA